UCAUUGUUUGGGCCAACAACUAGAAGGUCCCAGCUCCGACUUUCAGUGAAUGCACCAUCUAACUACCGUUACAGGAAGUAAGGUGGUGGUGGUGGUGUUUGAUCUAAGCUAAGUGGUGCGAGCAGCAGCUGAUGUAAAGCUAGAUCCAUACCGGGCUCCGAGAUGGUUCCAGCGGCCCCCUGAGCAGCAGGGAGGAUGUCGGCUAGCAGCGGCUCCGUGAACAGACCCCGACACCGCGGAGGAAACACCGACGUUAGCUAGAACAACCGCAAGCUGAGUAGUAUGCUGGACGUGGGAAAGUGGCCAGUUUUUGCGCUCCUUCCACCCGAGGAACUCCGGCUCAUUCGGCAGGCUUGUGUCUUUGGCAGUGCUGCAAAUGAAGCCCUCUAUGUCACAGUUAAUGAUGAGGUCUAUGCUCUAGGCACCAACUGCAGCGGCUGUUUAGGGCUCGGAGACCUUCAAAGCACUAUUGAGCCGCGGCGGAUUGAUGUCUUGUGUGGAAAGAAGAUUGUGUCCCUAAGCUACGGAACAGGACCACAUGUGGCUAUCGCUACUGCAGAUGGAGAGGUGUUUGCUUGGGGCCACAAUGGCUACAGCCAGCUAGGCAAUGGGACCACCAACCACGGACUGACCCCUGCCCUGGUGUCCACCAACCUCCUUAGCAAGAGAGUGACAGAGGUGGCCUGUGGCUCCCACCACACUAUUGCCCUCACAACUGACGGAGAGGUGUACGCAUGGGGUUACAACAACUCAGGCCAAGUAGGUUCAGGGUCUACUGCCAACCAGCCGACACCGCGCCGCGUUAGCAGCUGCCUGCAGAACAAAGUGGUGGUCAACGUAGCCUGUGGUCAGCUCUGCUCUAUGGCUGUACUAGACAACGGAGAGAUCUAUGGCUGGGGCUACAAUUGCAAUGGCCAGCUAGGUUUGGGGAACAAUGGCAAUCAGCAGACCCCAUGCAGGAUUGCUGCUCUACAAGGUGUCAACAUCGUCCAGGUGGCCUGUGGAUAUGCACAUACAUUGGCACUUACAGAUGAGGGGAUGGUUUACGCCUGGGGAGCCAACUCAUAUGGGCAGUUGGGAACUGGCAAUAAGAGUAACCAAGCUCUCCCCACUCUAAUUAACACAGACAAGGAGAGGAUGGUGGAGGUGGCUGCAUGUCACACCAGCCACACGUCAGCUGCCAAGACCCAGAGCGGGCAGGUUCUGAUGUGGGGUCAGUGUCGAGGUCAGGCCGUGGCCAGCCCCUACCUCACCCACUUCGGAAGCACAGACGAUGUGUUUGCCUGCUUCGCCACACCAGCCGUCACGUGGCACCUCCUCUCCGUAGAUGGCGAUGACUACCUGACUGUGGCCCAGUCUUUGAAAAAGGAGUUCGACAGCCCAGAGAUUUCUGACCUAAAGUUCUUGGUUGAUGGGAAGUGUAUCCAUGUUCACAAAGCCCUGCUGAAAAUCAGAUGUGAGCAUUCCGUGCCCUGCUUAAGAAAACGGAGGAGGAGACCAUAGAAAUCCACCAGUUCUCGUCCCUGGUUGUCCCGAGCCUUUGGGAGUCCUCUUACACGACACCAUCAACCUGCCACCAGAGGAUGCUUUUGGGUUGUGGAUUGGCCACGUUAUACCGAGAGACGCGGCUGAGGGCUGUGCCAGGAAACGAUCAAGGGGGCAUUUUGAGGAGAACCCCCCUCAUUUUGCUCCGCCGCUGUAAAGAGGGGGGGAAAGGGUUUAGCCCCCUGACACAUGCUCACCAUGGGGGGGGGGGGCCUUCUCUAAUCAGUUUAUACUCCCAGCAAGCCCAGAA